AUACUAAAUUGAUUUUGACAAUGCUGGAGAUGCUACUUACUAUUCUAUUGAGUUGUUUUAUUUUACAACACAGCGUGAAUGGAUCUAUGACCAUAUACAUAUAUGCAUGCUUGCAUACUGUGUUUUAGGUGCUGUGUUUUUUUUUUCCUUUGGCUUAUUUUGUGCACUGUUAAAUGCUUAUGCUGGUGUCUAUACUGCUACUGCUGCUGGCUUACAGAGCUCAGACUCUCCUUAGCUCUAGCAGCGGAUUGGUCUCUCUCUUAAAGUGCUGGCCAAGGGUUGGUUGCAGGGACUGCUGAAUAACAGGUGCAUUUUGCUGCUCUGUCGCCUUUGAAAGAAGCAGCCGAGGAACACUGGUGCAUCUGUUCUGUGUUGAGAGAGAAGCAAAGGAGAGAGAAGACAGCAAACGUGUACAGGAAUGUUGCUAAUCGAAUAGACAAGGGGGUACACACACGGAUGCUUGGGAAGAAAAGGAAAAAAAGAAGGCUGGUUUAUUUUUUAAGGAAAAGCAACGGAAAGUAAGGGAUGCAAGGAUGCAUAUUGUGCUAAACCUUGGAUGGAUGGCAUAUUUUUAGCUGAUUCAGCAGCUGCUUCUGGUAUUUUGCUCUACACAAGAAUCUGAUGGAGGAAUGUUUUCUGUUUCUGAUUGGUGACAUUUGAAUGCAAAAAAUUUGCCCCCUUCCUUGUGGGGAGCUGUGCUGAUGAUCCAGCUUCUUAAGGCUCAUGUGUUUUGGGGGGUGAAAGGAAUAUAGGAUGAGUGAAGUGGCUGCCUCCACCUCACCACCUGUACGUCCGGCAGCUGCUGAAGAGGCUGCAGGUGGAAACACUACGGAAGAAGAGGAUGGGGCACCAAACGCUCGGGAGGUGCGGUGUAGUGACUGCAUUGUAUGGAACAGGCAGCAAACGUGGCUAUGUGUAGUGCCUCUCUUAAUUGGAUUCAUUGGCUUGGGUUUAAGUCUGAUGCUCCUAAAGUGGAUCGUAGUGGGAUCUGUAAAGGAUUAUGUCCCUACUGAUUUAAUAGAUUCCAAGGGUAUUGGCCAGGACCCCAUUUUCCUUUCGAAACCAAGCUCUUUUCCAAAAAGUAUGGAGACUACAACUACUACCACUACCACCAGGACUCCCAAUCAAAUUAGCACCCGUUUAACUACUACUACACGGGCGCCCACACGCGUCCCAGAAAGCAGAGUACCUAUGUGGGCAAACCCUAGAACCACAACAGUGCGCCAUGCUGUUGCCCCUCCUACUGUCACCUCCACCACUGUCCCCCCAAGCACGACCACUUUUGUUUCACGCCCACUUCCAGGGACCACAACCACCCAGCCAAUGCCCAUCUGGCCCACUGCGGAAUAUUCUACCUCUUCUUACAAAAUUUACCUUCAUAUUUCCACCGAAUCCUGGACACAGUCUCGUUUUCAGGAGUCUACCACUACCACCACCCCGGAAACUACCACUAUGCCCAAAUAUCAUACUACCACCUACUUCACAGAGAGGUCUGAGCACUUUAAACCCUGCAAAGAUAAGGAUCUCGCCUACUGCUUAAAUGACGGGGAAUGCUUUGUUAUAGAAACGUUGACAGCAUCUCAUAAACAUUGCCGGUGCAAAGAGGGCUACCAUGGUGUACGUUGUGACCAGUUCUUACCGAAAACUGAUUCAGUACUAUCUGACCAAAACCAUUUAGGAAUAGAAUUUAUGGAGAGUGAAGAGGUAUACCAACAGCAGAUCCUGUCAAUUUCCUGCAUCGUCUUUGGCAUUGUAUCCGUGGGUUUGAUUUGUGCCGCAUUCUACUGCAGAACAAAAAGGCAAACAAAAAUAAUUCAGGAGCAGCUAAAAGACUUACAAAAUGGGAAAAACUAUAGUCUCCAUGCAUCUAGUUUGUUAUCAAAAGCAAAGAACUUUGGAGAAAGCAGAGUUCAACUGCAUAGUUAUUCAAAGUCUGAGAGGAAUCCAGAGCCUAUAAGAGAGAAUGUUAUGGAAUCCAGUUUCUCAGAAACACAGCCCUUCUCAAAUAGCACAGCAUCAGACAGAGAAAAUCAGUCGAUAAAGCAUCAUAGGAGCCUUUCUACAUGCUGCAGCCCCAGCCAAAGGAGUAGGAUGCUGCAGAGAAAUGCCUUUCGGAGAACUCCACCACUGCCCAGGAGUCGCCUCAAUGGCAGUACAGGGCCAGCAUAUCAGCAGCUGGAGGAGCCUGGACUUACAGAUCAGGACACAAUACCUUGCCAAGGGUGCUCCUCCACUGAUUUGUCUCAACAGAAUAGUUCAACAAAUAUGCAACUGCGUUCAAAAGAAACACAAUCCUAUUUUAAUAACACAGAUCAAAAGGACUGUGUCAGUUUUUCAAUGUCUAGGGUCAGCUCUAUUCCUAUCAUACACUCAGUGGGGCUAGACGAUGCCUGUCUGCAAAUGCAGAAUGUUUCUGAAGUGUCAGGCAUCAAACUGUGCAAAAACUCCUAUUCCAAUGAACUUGUGAAGGUGAACAUUACACCCAGCAACUGUCUUAUAGCAGAGCAAAAAGAAGUCAAAAUUUUGCUUGAAACUGUUCAGGAGCAGAUACAAAUUCUGACCGAUGCAAGAAGAAGGUCAGAGGACAUUGAAAUCACUUGUCUAGAGAUGGAGGAAAGUGCCAGUGAGAAUACAGCUUUCCUGCCCCUGAGUCCAAAAACAAAAACUGACCCAGAGGCACAAUUUGUCUUAAGAAAUGAAAUGCAUAGGGACUCAAUGCUCCAUGUGUGAUUUUGGCUGUGGACUACUCUGUCGGAUGCUUAGCAUAACAGAACAUGUGCGAAAAUAAGAUGAAAGGAAAUAAAUUAUUUAUAUGCAUUAAUUUAAGAGCAUCUACAUAGAAGAAACCAAAUAGUCUAUCGCCCUCAUAUCAUAGUGUUUUCUAAACAAAAUAUUUUUUUAAGGGAAAGAAAAGUUUGUGGAAAGGAGAAGCAUACAAUGGGUACAUUGAUGUGUUAAACUAUAUCUUCUGUUAAUUUUUAACCCCUUCAAAUGCUGGUGGCUAAUUCAUUCAAAAUGCUUUAAAAAUUCUUCCAGGUGCAAAGUGUUUUAAACUAACAUUGGGGGUCAAUAUGAUCUUUCCACUCAAAGGGCCAAAAGCAUUACCAUUGGAAAACCAUUACUUGUAUUUUGUUAUAACAUUUUAUUGACAAUGACAGUAAAAUACCACAACUAUCCCAAUGAAAAAGAAUUACAGUUAUGAUGUGUAUUCAGUUUUCCUGUUGUGUUAUUUUUAAUGUUUUUCAUUUCUGGACACUUAACAUUCACAUGUGCCAAACUACAUGCUUGCCUAUUUAACACAAGAGAUGUCUGACCAUGACUAGAAUUUGGGAGCAUCUAAGGGAUGACAAAAAUCUUGUUCAACACAAUCGUCCUGGAUCUGUGAAUCAAAUAAAAGUAUAUUAUGUAUCACUUAUGAACAUAGCACAACAACAAUAUGGGCUAAAUCUUUUUAUUUUUACUGGUGGCAGUGUCUUUGUUAUUUGCAUAACAUUUUGUGCCACAUUUAUAGAAACUUUAAGGUUUUAAAUUACAGAUGAAUUGGUGUGGUUGCUCAAUGACACAUGGACCAUGCAUCCAGAGUUUUCAAGGGCUUCUGAGAAUAGAAAAAAAAACAUAUUAUAUUAAAAUGUAUGUGCUUUUUCUAAACAAGAAUGGGAAGGACUGAACAUCUAUUGAGCUGGCUUUAGAAAUAAAGAGGUUUCAUUAGCCAUAGGUGUUGGGAUAGAUCACUGUUUAUGUUACUUGAAGGUAUUGUAUCAUCAAAAACUAAUAACUAUGUUUCUUUUUUUUCUUGGAAAGUUUUCUUGCUUACCGUGCAGCCGCUUUUAUAGGGAAUUGUCUUAAUUUUGUUUAACACAAUCAUUCAAAUAAAAAUGUAUAUCACUAACGACUAUAUCACAAUAGUCUUAAAUAAGCUUAAAUGGUCACUACUCACUUCCCUUGCAAAAAUACUUUGUAUAAGUUAAUAUACAACUCAACACUUAGAUUGACACAGUAAAUUUUACUUAAGGAGAAAAUACGGCAAAAAAUAUAUUAAAAAAAUUCAGAAGGUAGCCUUCAAUAUCUGUAAACAGAUAAGCACCCUUUUCAAUGGGGUUAAAGGGGGUACUCCGGUGAAAAAAUAUUUUUUUUAAUCAACUGGUGCCAGAAAGUUAAACAGAUUUGUAAAUUACGCCAAUUAA